UUCUCAUCCUUAAUCUACCAUUUCAACUGCUAAAUUACCAAAUUCAACUCUCUCUGUUUUUAUAUAUAUGCAUAAACUUUCACAAUUCUUCCAACUUCUCAGGUCUACCUCUCUUGCUAAACUCUCCCACCUCUUGCAGAAGCUUUUACUUUCUUACAUAAGCUUUUUGAAUUGUAAUCAUCUUUAUAAUCAUACACCCCGGUAAGUUUCAACCCAUUUAGUUGCCAUUUUUCAGGAUUUGUAACUCUUCCAAGCAUCCUGGCAGUGUCCAAAAUAUAGGAAUCCCACUCCACUUUGUCAGUUUUGUGUUUAGUCUUCGUUAUUCCAGGACGAGCCAAUUGUUUUAAAAGCUGAAGAAAUCCUGAGAAAAUCUUCAUAGAAAAAUCAGAAAUGGAAAUCCAGGAGAAUCAUCAUCGCCAGGAGUCGUGGUCUGAGACAGACAGCAAUCCUGGAAGCAAUAGAGUCGGAUACAGUGGACCUCUGAGCGGUCCAAUCAUCUCCACCGGCAAGAAGAACAGCAGCAAGAAGAACAGUGCCAGGUUCAAAGACGACGACCGUUAUGUGGAGAUCACCCUGGACAUUCACGAUGACUCAGUUUCAGUGCAGAACAUUCGGGGAGGCGGCUCGGAGACCGCCUAUUUGGCGAGUAGAUUGGAGAGAAAGGCUUCUUCUUCUUCGCUUGGCUCCCAACUCUCCAUUAAACUGAGGCAAGUUUCACGAGAGCUGAAGAGAAUGACUUCUUCCAGGAGGUUCAACAAGGUCGACAGGUCAAAAUCCGGAGCAGCCCGAGCCCUGAAAGGGCUCCAGUUUAUGAGUAGCAAUAAAAAUAUUGGAAGUGAAGGCUGGUCCCAAGUUGAAUUACGGUUUCAGGAACUGGCUGUGAACGGGUUGUUGCCAAAAUCAAGCUUUGGCCAAUGCAUCGGAAUGAAUGAAUCGAAGGAAUUUGCGACGGUAUUGUUUGAUGCAUUGGCUCGGAGGAGAGGAAUAAAAUCAGAUUCAAUUACAAAGGCUCAACUGCAAGAAUUUUGGGAACCAAUUACAGAUCAGAGCUUUGAUGCAAGGCUGCAAACCUUCUUUGACAUGGUUGAUAAAAACUUGGAUGGCAGAAUCACUGAAGAAGAGGUGAAAGAGAUUAUUCUUCUAAGUGCAUCUGCAAAUAAGCUGUCAAAAAUCCAAGAAAGUGCAGAGGAAUAUGCAGCUCUAAUCAUGGAAGAACUUGACCCAGACAAUCUUGGAUAUGUUGAGCUGCACAACCUGGAAAUGCUGCUACUGCAAGCCCCAAAUCAAUCUACGAACCUGGUAACCGAUAGUCGGAUGCUGAGCCAGAUGCUAAGCGAAAGGCUGAUGCCAACCAAGGAGAGAAAUGUGUUCAAAAAAUGUUACAGGGGGCUAGCCUACUUUGUUGAGGACAAUUGGAAAAGAAUUUGGGUCAUGGCACUAUGGCUCUCCAUCUGUGCAGGACUUUUCACCUGGAAAUUCAUUCAGUAUAAACAUCGCGCCGUGUUUGAUGUCAUGGGGUACUGUGUUACCACAGCUAAGGGCGGGGCUGAGACACUCAAGUUCAAUAUGGCAAUAAUUCUUCUUCCAGUUUGCAGAAAUACCAUUACUUUGCUUAGGAGUAAAACCAAGCUUGGAGCUGUUGUUCCUUUUGAUGACAACAUCAAUUUUCACAAGGUGGUUGCCUUGGGGAUUGCUGUAGGAGUUGGACUCCAUGGAAUUUCACAUCUUACGUGUGAUUUUCCAAGGCUGCUACAUGCUACUGAUGAAGAGUACGAGCCAAUGAAGCAAUUCUUUGGUGAUGAUCGCCCGGACGACUACUGGUGGUUUGUGAAAGGGACUGAGGGUUGGACUGGUGUGGUGAUGGUGGUGCUAAUGGUCAUCGCCUUCGUAUUAGCACAACCUUGGUUCCGCCGCAACAGGCUAAAGCUCCCAAAACCCUUCAAUAAACUCACUGGUUUCAAUGCCUUCUGGUACUCGCAUCACCUGUUUAUUAUUGUGUACAUAUUGUUCGUCAUUCACGGGUACUAUCUAUUCCUGACCAAGGAAUGGUACAAGAAAACUACCUGGAUGUAUCUGGCAAUCCCAGUUCUGUUAUACGCAUGUGAACGCUUGAUUCGUGCAUUCAGGUCAGGCUACAAAUCAGUGAAGAUUAUUAAGGUUGCAGUGUACCCUGGAAAUGUUUUGGCCCUGCACAUGACAAAGCCUCAAGGGUUCAAAUACACUAGUGGGCAAUAUAUAUUUGUAAACUGUGCAGAUGUGUCCCCUUUUCAAUGGCACCCCUUCUCUCUUACUUCAGCUCCUGGAGAUGAUUAUCUGAGCAUCCAUAUCAGGACUUUGGGUGACUGGACUUCACAACUUAAAACCCUUUUCUCCAAGGCAUGUCAGCCUCCAUCAGUGAAUCAAAGCGGCCUUCUAAGAGCAGACAUCACUGGAGAAGACAACAAGCCCAGGUUGCCAAAGCUUUUAAUUGAUGGUGCUUAUGGAGCUCCUGCACAACACUACAAGGAGUAUGAUGUGCUCCUCUUGGUUGGCCUUGGCAUAGGAGCCACCCCAUUGAUCAGCAUUGUAAAAGAUGUUCUUAACAACAUUAAGCUAGAGAAAGAAUUGGAAGAAGGAAUAACAGAGAGUGGACAAGCUAAAAACAAUAAGAAAAAGCCUUUUGCUACCAAACAAGCUUAUUUCUAUUGGGUCACUCGAGAACAAGGCUCGUUCGAGUGGUUUAGAGGUGUCAUGAAUGAGGUUGCAGACUACGAUGUAGAUGGGGUCAUUGAACUACACAACUAUUGCACUAGUGUUUACGAAGAAGGAGAUGCAAGAUCAGCACUAAUCACCAUGCUUCAAUCUCUCCACCACGCUAAAAAUGGAGUUGACAUUGUUUCAGGCACCCGAGUAAAAACACAUUUUGCCAGACCUAAUUGGCGUAAUGUGUUCAAGCAUGUCGCCAUUAAGCAUACUGAUGAAAGAGUUGGGGUGUUUUACUGUGGAGCUCCAGGAUUGACAGGAGAACUACGGAGACUAGCUCAAGACUUUUCAAGGAGAACUACAACCAAAUUUGAUUUUCACAAAGAGAACUUUUGAGUUUGUGUUUAGUUAUUGCUUUUCUCUCUUUGUAUUUUAAAUUUAAUUCUUUUUUGUAAUUGUAAUAUAUGUGAUGUUUCUUAUUGGGUAUACGUGUAAUCUUGAAUCUUCAUAUGAUGGUUUUGUGGACUUUUCCUUCAGUCCACAAUAAUACGUAAUGUUUCUUGUACUGUUUCAGACAGAUAUAAUAAGAUUUACAUAAUUUUUUUUAA